AUGGAAGAUAAGAAGAAUGAAGAGGAGGUUGUGGUUGAAGAUGUAGUCUCUGAUGAUGGAGUAGGAAAGAUAAACAUACCAUUUGCUGAAGUCCUGGAGAACAUGCCUCACUAUGCAAAAUUUAUGAAGGAUCUUCUAUCUAAGAAGAGGAAGUUAAAGGAUGGUGAGACGCUGGCUUUGACGGAUGAGUGUAGUGCUCUGAUUCAGAAGAAAUUACCUCCAAAGUUGAAGGAUCUAGGGAGCUUUAGCAUUUCUAUUGCAAUUGGGAAUGUGGAAGUUGGUAAAACACUAUGUGAUUUGGGGGAAAGUAUAAAUUUGAUGCCAUUGUCUGUCUGUAGGGCAUUGAGGAUAGAUAAGUUGAAGGAUACCAAUGUUAUUCUGCAUCUAGCAGAUAGAUCUAUCAAAAGACCAGAGGGAUUAGUAGAAGAUGUGUUAGUUAAGGAAGAGGAUACUGAAGGUCCUUUACUCCUAGGAAGACCAUUCUUAGCAACUGCAAGAUCCCUGAUAGAUGUUGAACAAGGGAAGUUGAUGCUAAGGGUAGAUGAAGAAACAGUUACAAUUGAUGUCUUUGAAGCCAUCAAACAUCCUGUUGAUGUGGAGGAUUGUUUCAGUAUUGAUGUCAUACAUGAGAUGGUUGAAGAAGUGAAUAGAGAAGAAGACUUUUCAUUGGAGGAAGAUAGAUUUCUUGAGGAAACAAGUACAGAAAAUUAUCAAGAGGAACCGGUAGUGGAAGAGCUUGAUAAAAAGAUAGAUGACAUUCCUGUGGGAGCACCUAAGGUAGAGCUUAAAGAACUACCUUCAAAUAUGAAGUAUGUGUUCCUUGGGGAUGAUCAAACAUAUCCAGUAAUCAUCAAUGCAAUGUUAUCUGAGAGUGAAGAAGUGAAGUUGAUUAAGACAGUGCUUGGGUGA